CCACGUCCCUCACUCUCCCAGUCAUUUCAACGUCCCGUUUCUGUUUUUUUUUUUCAGCUCCUCUCGAAUUUCCCUUCAUUCCUCGCAGUCCCUCCAAUGUCGCAACCACGCGAACAACACAACCAGCAGCAGCAACGCCAGCAUUUUUCGCUCGACGAAGCUGCGAAUCUGCUGCUAGACACAGAGCACCUCGAUUGCUCCCCCGCCGCGCUGCUGGACGAGAGUUUCGCUUUAUUCGCGCAGACCUCCGACAAUAACAACGCUGCACCCUCUGCUAAUGCGCAGAACCUUUCCGUAAACGACGCUUCGUCCCGCGUCGCGAUUGCUGGAGCGGCGGAGGCACCCGACGGCAAUUCGUCGCUCGUUAGAGCCACUGCACCCGCCGCUCACGAGGAGCCGUUGGAAAAUAAUUUCGGAAGCUUUAUGGUGCCCAGCGAUCGCGACGCGGUUCGGCAUUUUCCCGCCGCGCUCGGCGGCAGCCGCGGCCGCCCCCGCGACGGCGUCGAUGGCGCGGCUGCAGGCGCCGCAUUCGCUGCUCCGCGUGCGCGGUGGGAUCAACCGCAGCACGGCGCGUCGGCGGCACCCGCAGAAGCGGCAUCCGCGACGGAUGUGGAGCAAUGGCUGCUGCAGCGCGCGCUGGAAGAGGUUAGCGCCGUGAAUGGCGGCGGUGCGGACGCCACCGCGGCGAUGGCGGACAGCUUGCCGCAUAUUCCGCUCGAUCUGCUGCAGCAGUCGGCGGACGCGGCGCUUUUCGCGCAGCUCCAGAUGCUCUCGUCGUCCAGCGACUCGCCGUUCGACACGGCUGUAGUAAAUCAAGUUGAUUUCCACGACGCGCCGCUGUUUACCAGACCCGCCGCAGCAGUAACCGCGCCUAGUCAUUUCUCCUCGCGGAAUCGUCCAAUGGCGGGCCCCCCAGUCCGAACCGCGGGCCGACCCUCCGCGCCGCCGGCGGACGUGCAAUCUCCGCGUUUUUCGGCUUCUGGAAGCGUCGAGCACACGACCCACCGCUUGUGCCACGCCGCUCACGAUGGCGUGUCGAACCGGAGUCGCAACUACCCGGGUUCGAGCCUACCCCGGCCAGGGGACGUGAAUAUGACAACAGAGUCCGAGCGAACCGCGCCCCCCACGUAUCAAUUUAGCGGAUCCUUUCCCCCGGCCGCACCGGCCGCGAUUUCCCCGCGCGCCCCGCCUCACGGAAUCGCGCCGAGCGCCGCCGCGGCGGCGUCGCCGUUCCUCCCCGCGGUCAGUGGCAGCGCGCCAGCAGCGCCCUCCUCCCUCCCGCUCCAGUGCUCCAGCAGCAAGCUGGCUCUGGAAAUGCUGCAGAAGCUGAAGCAGGGAGGAGGAGUACUGGGGGCUCCGAUGCUCUCUGCCCCUGAUGGGGCUCCUAUGCUGACAAGUGGCGCAUUUGCCCCUUGGGACGCGCCGAGAGACGUUAAAGCCGGAGUCAGAGUCACUGGGACUCAUGCUGCUAGCUCUGCUGCACCUGACGCGCAGGAGGCUGCGGCUGCUUCUGCCGCUGCAACUCCUGCAACUGCAUUCGCUGCGAAUGCUGCGGCUGCAUUGGCUGCUGCGGCUUCUGGGGCUGCAGGCAUCAGUGCGGGGGCUCACAGGGACCGCGACUUGAUGUGCAUGGGUGGUGCAGACGCCUCCGGUGCACUGCUGAUCGGAAGCCGGCCCGGCAGGUCAGGCGCCCGGGCAGCAAGCACUGGUGCGGGAGAACUGGCAGGUGAAGGGAAAGGCAGUGCAGGCGGAAGCACGCAGUGCAUGGAUACAGCUCGUACUGGAGCAUCAGGAGCUGAGGAAGGAGCUGCUGCUGCUGCUGCUGCUGGUGCUGCUGCUGUAACAGUUACACCAGUGACAUCAGGAGGGCAAGGCGGUGCAGGAGGGCCAGCCACGUCAGCGGCGGCGUCAGGCGGCGGGGCUGGCGUGUCGAAUGGGUUAUCGGCAGAGGACGACUGGCGGCCGCGCAGCCGAACGCGGUUCGAUGCGGAGGCAAUGAAGAGGGGAGAGAUUAAGCCACGGAGCAUGAAAGAAAGGCGGCGAAGAGAUAAGAUUAGCGAGGGGUUGAGGCAGCUAAGGCAGGCAAUCCCCGAAUCUCUGCUAGGUCCGCAGCAAGACAUGGGUGCCAUGAUUGAAGCAGCAGUCCUUCACAUAAGCAAUUUACAGGCCCGAGUUAGCAAGCUUGAAAGGGGUGCAGCAAUUGAGAAACUUGUAGGCGAAUUGCAGCCAUAAUACAGGUUGGCUGUGUUGAAGUAUAUUCGAGAUAGUUAUCACUUAAGUUGCUUAGUUUUUAUGAUUUGUGCCAACUUCGAUUAGAGGUUAAGUUUCAAAUGUUUAAGUGGUGUGUACUUAUAUCAAUAGUACCUAACGCU